UCGUAGCGUAUUAUUACGCGUUGCAGUACCGUGAAAUACAGUGCGGCUUGUUUGACCCAUCAACCAACGUAAAAACUCGCUUUGUUUGCCGUUUUCCGGCUGAUAAGCCAAAGCCAACCCGACAAAAUGGAUUCCACUUUUCCCAUGAUGGACGAGUGUGUAACGGUCAAGCAGGAAGUCGUAUCUGAUUACGAAACGUCACAAUCAGUGGAUAAUGAACAAGGGAAUUUAUAUCAUGACGGAAACCAUGAUCAUGACAAAAUGCCUGCAACAUGGAGCAUGUAUGCAGAGAACGUUACGGAAUCGUCUGAAUCCAAAAGCACCGUGGAUGAUUCUGAUAUUGAUGAUGACGCAGCGGUGAUGACGGACAGAAGAACUAGGUGCAUAGGGGAUGAUCUAUUUCAAUAUGACGCCGAGUCAGAUUCUGAUGAAAAUGACACCAACACAUUACAGCAUCACAAACAAGAUGUCGGAGAGAAACUUCCUUGGACCAGGCAGGUGGCUACAACAGAACUCAGGCCGUUUUCUCCAGCAGUAGCUGGUCCAACAUCUGAAGCAUCAAAGACCCUGGAAGCACCAGUAGAUUUCUUCCACCAGUUUUUCCCCGAGGAGCUUUAUAAAGAAGCACAAAUUGAGACGAAUAACUACGCAGAGUACUAUCAGGAGAAGAGGAGAGACCUGGGACGUGACUGGUGGGAAUGGACUGAUACAAGAUGGCAUGCUGUUGAAUCUAAACAGGACAUCAAGAAGUUCCUUGGCGUCUGCAUUACUAUGGCCGUCCAUACUUUGCCAGACCCUAGAGAUUAUUGGUCAAGGAAGAAACAUGUCUGCAACACGCUCAUCGCCAGGUCUGGUAUGACCAUGCAUCAUUUUGAACGAGUCAUGAAUUACUUUUAUCUCAGUAACCCGUGGCGAGACCCCGAGAAGAUAGCAAACCCUGAACGGCGAGUCGAGGCCUGCAGUCGUGACCCUUUGUACAAAGUCAACAAAACUCUCCACGAGCACGUCAAGAGAUCCUGCAGGGCUCACUACCAGCCACAUCGAGACAUGGUCAUCAAGGAGCUCACAAGAAAUGUCAAAAGCAAAACAGACAUUAAGACAAAGGGCUGGAGACUGCUGGUUCUUAAAGAUGCAUACACGGGAUACAUCACUGAUCUCCAAUGGUAUCGCGACACUGAUGUGAACUCCGAAAACAGCAGUCAAGGUAUGACUCAAGAGAAGGCACUUACCGGCCUCGUCAAGAAUCUGUCAGGCCUUGGACACUGUCUGUACGCAGAUAGUGUGUUCAUAUCUCCUACAAUGGCAAUGUACUUCACAGAACUUGGCACUCAUGUAACCACCGACUGUUCCAACUGGCCUGGUGACAUCUGCACCAGUGGAGACAUUGAAGUAGGCAGCACUUUGUCUGUUCAGUACAAGGUGGUCACUGCGACAAUGUGGAAAGGCAAGCGACUCAAGCGAUGCCUGUCAACAAUGCAUAAUGGGCAGAUGCAGUCGGUAACCUUAAAACUUUGCCAUCCAACAACACGAGAGUACUCCAUCAAGACGGUACCUUGCCCAUUGACAAUUGCAAACCACAUGACUUUGGUGGGUAUCUUGCCACAGUGCCUGCUUUUGUCGGAAGGGACUAUGGUACAGAAAUUGACCAACUCGUGGUGGAAGCGACUAGUUUGGCUUCUUAUCGACAUCUGCAUGAACAAUGCGUAUGUUAUGUGGACAGAAAGCAGAGGGAACUGUCUGUCAUUAACAGAGUUUGCCAUGGAGGUAGCUUCCAAGCUGAUGGGUUAUCCAAGCAAGGCAUGCCCCAAACGGUACAUUGAGGUGAGCACAGUGCCAGCUACAUCCGAGGAAACAGCAGAAGCAAGUAGCUCACACAAUGCCGCUCAGAAAGCCAUGGUGUCCUACUCUAUGGUGCCAGAAUUUCAAGUUCGGUACCCUGAGCUGCAGCCAAGUGCUGUCUCGGAAGCAUCCGACUUCCAAGAGGUGGUCCAACCAGAUCGAAGCUCACCGGCCCAUGAAAGCACCGAUGCUGACACCGAUGAACAUUGUCUAGUCAAGUUCCCUGGUAGAGGUCGCAACUGUAGGCAGUGUUGCGCAGAUAGAAGGAGAACCCGAAGUGGGCGGCGACGUGACACCCAGUUUGGUUGCAGCGCAUGUCGUGUCAACCUUUGCCGCUCUGGCUGUUUUGUCAGGUUUCAUGAGGCACAUGGAAUCAACAUAUCAGCAGCUUCGAUGGCCGAGGUCAGGAUGCAACCUGAUCCGCCACCAUACAAAAGAAUGAAGCACUCUUUCUGAACAUGGUAAACAUGUCUCGAGAUUGUGGUUUCAAAAUCAAGCCCAGCAAUUAACUUUAUCAUAACUACCACCGAUUUGGACUAUAAGAUUGUUUCUCAUAGUUAUAAGAUAAUAAACAAAAUGUAUUAACUGCUUUGAGAAAUGUAGCAAAACUAGCUCUCUGAGGUGAUCCAUGACAUGUUCCAUUUUCCUUCAAUGUCACUCUCCAGUUGUACUGCAUCAUAUGUUAAAGCAGUCGAUAUCUGUUGAAUAUAACAUGUGUUAAAGUUGAAUGCUAUGUGCAUAGUACAUUUCAGAGAGAGGGUGCCGUGGAACAGUCUAUUGGGCUGUGGAAUAACAAAUACCAAGUGACAUGUUCUGGGCCAAUCAAAAGACAGAAUCUGUGGGCGGGGGUGUUAUAAAAACAGUGUCAUUACAGUGUAAAUGAAGAUGCUAUAUCUCAAAUUUUUGUUUCAAUAAGAAACUUGUAUUGAACAAAGCUUAAAUGUUUCAGUAAUUAUACAUGUACACAUAUUAGAUGUGCACUUUCUAUUUAUAAACAUUAAAAAUAGACAAACAUUUUAGAGAAAUGUUCAAAUGAACGUACACUAAAGAUGAACUUCCUUGAGAGUACAGAUGUGAGACAAUGUAACUUCAAAAAUUCAACCAUACACUUUAAACAAACUUUCAUCAAAUAAUGCAUAGCCUAUUGACCUAGUAACUUUGCUGUAUUUGAAAUAACACAUAUUAAUUUUGCUAUCCUAUGAUGUAAGACCAAUAUAUGCAGUCACCUAAACUCACCAGCAGUAGUAGAGGGAACAAAAGAGCGUGGUACAUGUACAAUGAAUAUCAUCAAUAUCAUCAAAUAUAUCAAAAAAGCAAAUAAGUUGUGUUUUUUUGUUAAUCUGUGAUCAAUUUAUAAAUUUGAA